GGCGUAGUCAAUGUUUUGGCGCAGAGCAGUUAAGUUUGUGUGAGGAAAGUAGGAAAUAUUGAAGUAGUUCGAUUUCGAUCGAUUUUCUUCAGUGAACUGUGUCGCAGAUAGAAGGAUUCAAUUUUUAGUUUUUGCGCAUUUGAGACAUGGCUGCGUUUGUGGAACCUCACUUCGAUGCCUGGACGCAGAGCGGUGGCAACAUGUCGGUGGUGGACAAGGUCCCACCAGAGAUGCUCCACAUGGUGCAUCCCCACUGGAACCAGUUCCCGCCCAUGAACCCGCUGUGGCACUCGAUCCUAGGUUUUGCCAUCUUCAUGCUCGGAAUGAUCUCGAUGACCGGUAACGGUUGUGUGAUGUACAUCUUCACCAACACCAAGUCACUCCGAACCCCCUCCAACUUGCUGGUGGUCAAUCUGGCCUUCUCCGAUUUCUUCAUGAUGUUCACGAUGGGCCCGCCGAUGGUGAUCAACUGCUGGCACGAGACCUGGACCUUUGGCCCGUUCGCGUGCGAGCUGUACGCCAUGCUGGGAUCGCUGUUCGGCUGUGCCUCGAUCUGGACCAUGACGAUGAUUGCCUUUGACCGUUACAACGUCAUCGUGAAGGGUCUCGCGGGCAAGCCGAUGACCAACAACGGUGCCCUGCUGCGCAUUCUGGGCGUGUGGGUGUUCGCGCUGUUCUGGACUCUGGCCCCGCUGUUCGGAUGGAACCGAUACGUGCCGGAGGGCAACAUGACCGCCUGCGGAACCGACUACCUGACCCAGACGUGGCUGAGCCGCUCGUACAUCAUCAUCUACGCCAUCUUCGUGUACUGGCUGCCGCUGCUGACCAUCAUCUACUCGUACACCUUCAUCCUGAAGGCUGUGUCCGCUCACGAGAAGAACAUGCGCGAGCAGGCCAAGAAGAUGAACGUCGCCUCGCUGCGUACGCAGGAAGCCCAGAACACCAGCACCGAGAUGAAGCUGGCCAAGGUCGCCCUGGUCACCAUCUCGCUCUGGUUCAUGGCCUGGACGCCGUAUCUGGUCAUCAACUUCACCGGAAUCUUCAAGGCUGCCCCGAUCAGCCCGCUGGCUACCAUCUGGGGCUCGCUGUUCGCCAAGGCCAACGCCGUCUACAACCCGAUCGUGUACGGCAUCAGCCAUCCGAAGUAUCGCGCUGCCCUGUACCAGAAGUUCCCGUCGCUACCGUGCCAGGAUGCACCAGUCGACGAUGGCCAGUCGGUUGCGUCGGGUGCCACCCAGGCCUCGGACGAGAAGGCGUAAGAAACAGAGCGGAAGUGAAAGCUACUGAAACCACGUGAUAUCAAGUUGGAAGAAAGAUGUACUGAGGAAAGUAAUUUCCAACCGACCGGUAA